UAGAUCGGGUUGACAUUUGCUGGUUUUGUUCCAAAGGUGUUCCUCUUCCACCCAGAAGUGAGAGAAAUCGCUGGAAACAGAAAGUUUUUCAGCAUUGCAUAAUGUCCCCAGUUAUUUCUGAUACAUUAUUUCUUUUUGCAAAGUAGCGGCUGGAUCAAACAUGGACCAGAUGUGCGCUUUUAUUGUGAAAGCAGCACGUAAACGGGUGUACCAUAAUGUCUUGAGCUGUCGCGCACGUGAAUAUCUUGUGCGGGCCGGUGUUACGUUAAUCCGCGUUUCCCGUUGGUUAGUUUUAUGUAGAAUUUCUAAAACCAAAAGAAAGAACGCCAAGAAAUUUCAUCAGAAACGUAAAUCAGCGGUGCAUGAUGUAACAUGAUUUCCAUGUUGGUCAUGUUAGUCGGUGUUGCCUUGUUCGAACCGGUUUCAUCAACCUGUCGACAGAAAGAAUACCCAACAAGCGACGGACAAUGCUGCCCGAUGUGCCAAGAAGGAACCAUGGUUGGCAGGGACUGCACGGCUGAGUCAGGAACACACUGCGUUCCCUGUCAGACGGGAACCUACAUGAACCACUCCAACAGACUGGGGAGGUGUCUCUCCUGCUCCACCUGUGACUCAGGGCUUGGUCUCUUUGUGAAGCAAAACUGUACAUCAACAUUGGAUUCGGUUUGUGAUGUUCUAAGUGGAUUUUUCUGCAAAAGUUUAAUAGAUAGUACAGGAUGUAGCAMAGCAGAGAAACAUUCAGUCUGUAAGCCAGGAGAGAGAAUAAAGCAGCCUGGAACCAGCAGACAUGAUACAGUGUGUGAAGCUUGUCAGCCAGGCUCCUUUUCCCCAGAUGGAGUGAACUGCACUCUGUGGAGAAAAUGCUCUGAAAACCAAACCACAGUCCAAGAUAGAAGCUUAACAGCCGAUGUCUGCAGAAAUGGAUCAUUAAGACACAGAUAUUUUYUGUUGCUGCCAUUUGUUUGCUUCUUAAUACUGUGCUUAGUGCUUUCUAGAGGUUUGUGGUGAUUUGAAUAACUGUUUGAUYUAACUGUUUGAUAAGCAAUAAAACUUCUGCUUUUUAAAA